AUGCAACAAAAAUGGAAAUGCAUUAUUGCGAAUUGGAUCAACUGUUAUUUCUAUGAUAACAACAAUAAAAAUUAUUUUGAAUUGAGCCACGAAUCUUUGUUAAACAUCAUAUAUCAGUUACGAGAAAAUUUUAAACUGGAUGAGUCGAAAUCUUCCAUUUUUAGUGGACAUUCUCUGGAGGAGUUUAUAGAGGAAAAGUAUCCUGGAUUUAAAUUUGAAAGUGGUACCGUUGAAGCGAAUAACGAAGAAGAAACUUACAUAGCCGCAUCUCUCUUGCUUUUCUUUGUUUGUGUUAAUUCUAAAGAUGUGGAUAUUAAGAGUGCUAUGUGUAGCAAACUCAGUACUAGUGAUCAAGAAAUAAUAUUAAAGUUUAGUAAAAGUUUAAUGAAGUGUUCAUUAGUUUCUUCCAGUGAUGUGAUUGCAGCAAUAACAGAAGCCUGUGGUCCAGACAUGGCGAACGGUGAAGGGGGCAGCGGUGAAGUAACUGUGGCGGAAACGCCACCUGCAUUGCGCUCAUUGCACGGUGAAGUCAGACGACUACAGGCGGCGCUGGAUGCGGAGAGGUUCGAUCGAAAUUACUUGCAGGACGAGCUCACCAGGACCAACUUGAAGCUUGAAAAAUUGUUAAAAGAUAAAGAAAAGUAUAAACUAGAUAUUGUCAAUCUGAAAGCAAAAAUUUCAAUGUGCUGUGGUCAAGAGGCAGAGGCGCGACGAGGAGAAACUGAGAGCAGUGAGACAGCAAAGUUCACGAAACAAUUAGAGCAGAUGGAGCAGCGUAUGAUUGACUCACAAGAGCAGUUAGAAGAGGCACAGCACGAGAGAGAUAUGCUUAAAGCAAAGCUGGAUGAAUUAAAAGGUGAAUGUGAUAGAUUACUAAUGGUAAACCAACAAGAAACUUCCCGGGCCGCCCAGCUGGCUGACGAGUUGGAGGCAGAGAAGAGGCAGAGUCAGGCUCUACGCGAGCUUGUAGUGGAACUUAGGCAGCAUAAUCAUCGGAAUGGACUGGACUCCAGUAUGCUUGAAUGUGAUGACCCUGACACUAGCGUGUCCUCUUUACAACGUAGUUUCUCUGUCUGUAGUGAAGUGUGUGCAAAUGUAGUAGAAGUUCAGUUAGGCGAAGAACGAGCAAAAAGUUUAGCUUUAAAACAGCAAGUUCAAAUGUUACAGGACCAAAUUAAUGAACAACUGCAAACUAUCGAAAAUUUUAAAGCAACUAUUGCUGAUAAAAAUGAUAAUAUAUUCAAUCUCAAACUUCGUAUCAAUGAACAAAUUGAAGAAAAAAAUAAUUUGAAGCGUUACUUCGACUGUGAAGUUACUAAACUAAAUAAUUCAGUAAAUGAAUUGGAACAAAAAAUCAAAGACGACAGUGAACACUCUAGGCGGAUUAUAGACAAAAAGAUGCAAGAAAUUCAAGCUAUACAAGAAGAAAAAUUGUCCCUUCUUCAAAGCUUGUCAGAUGAAACUACGAAAUUAGAAAAUAUAAUUAAAGACUUAAAGAUCGAAAUUGAUGUAGAAAGGACAUCAAAAAUUAAAAUGAGAGAUGAUUAUGAAAAUCACAUAAUGAAGUUAAAAGAAAAAGUCUUAAAUAGAAACAACGAGUUGGUAGAAUUACAAAACAAUGUCUUACAGAAGAGCGAAAUGAUUGAACAGCUUAGCUUAGAAUUAAGAAAAGAAAGAGAAAUAAAAGAUGAAACAGUCAAUAAACACAAUAAUGACUUGGCAUUUUUAAAUGCACAGAAAAUUAGUGUUGAAAAUGACCUACAAAAUAAAUGUACAGAAGUAACAGAAUUGUUAAAACAAAUACGUCAACGAGAUACUUGCAUUGAAGACAUGGCUAAAGACCUAAAAUAUGCUAAAGAGUCAGCUUCCAAGUUAAUUGAAGACUGUAAAAUUUUGGAAGAAAUUAAGCAGACCUUACUUAAUGAUAUACAAAAUCGUGAGAGCAGUGCUCAGAAAAUGCGUAAAGAAUUUGAAAAUCUUACAAAUAAGCACUGUGAAGAGAAAGAUAAGCUUCAGUACAAAUUUGACGAAAUGUGUGCUAUGGUUAAUUCACUACAGACACAAUUACAAGAUGAAAUUGAUUUCAAAAUUAGAAUACAACAUGAGCUUGAAAAUGCGCAGGGUGUGGUCACAAAGCUUUCAAAUACUAACACAAAACUGCAUUCGGAACUGACAGAAAUGACUUCUAAAUUGCAAGAAAAUCAUGGAAUUCUCAAGGAAAAGGAAUUAUUUUUGAAUGAAGAGAAAGAAAAAUACAUCAGGCUCAAACAAGAGUAUGAUCAUGUUAAAGUUGAAUUGGAUAAACUAUCUAAUGAUGUUGCCUUAAAAGAUAAAACAAUUCAGGAAUGUGAAGAUAAAUUGCAAAAACUUAAUCAAUCAUUACAGGAAGAAGUUUCUAAUAAAGAAAAAAUAAUUGAUUCAUUGAAAGAAGAUUUAAAACAUGUCAUUACACAAAAGGAAACUCUUCAAGAUUCUAUUAAAACAUUGAGCUUUGAGAACAACAAAUUGGUUAAAAGUUUCAAUGAAAAAUGUAGUUAUGUAUCACUAUUGGAAUCGGAACGCGAAACUUUAUCACAAAAAAUGGAAGAAAAAGGAGCAACUAUUCAUAUGUUGGAACAAAAGCUCAAUGAUAAAAUGUUAGCUUUCGUGCAAAUUGAAGAUAAUUUUAGGAUUGAAAUAUCGAAACUUGUUACAAAAGUAAGUGAAACUGAAAAAAUGCUAAAAGAAGUUAGAACACAGUCAGAUAGCAUAAUUGAAAACAAUGAAUCACGGAUACAAAAACUUAAUGGUGAUAUCUUUAAGUUACAAGGCCAAAUUGAGGCUAGUGUAAAAGAAAAAACUAAACUUGAAAGCGAGAAGGAAAGAUUAGAGCAGAAAUUAGAAGAAAUAACUUUAUACAACAGUAACAUCGUAAGGGAAUGUCAAGACAAUUGUAAAACUAUGGAAAAACACCUUGAAAAUCUAAAGCAUGAAAUAGUUGUCAAAGAUAAAGAAAUAAAUGAUUUAACUAGAAAAAACAUUUUAUUAUCUUCUUCUAUUACGGAAAAAGAAAAAGAACUAUCCAUCUUACAAGAUUCAAAUCAAGAGUGGCAAACAAAAAAGGAUAUUAUGGAUGAAUAUUUAAAGAAUGAAAAAGAUAGACUGCACACGAUGCUGGAAGAACAAAUAAAUAAAAACAAAGAAAUCGAAGAAGAGUUAAAAGUUAAAGCACAAACAAUAUAUAGACUAGAAGAAAAACUUAAGGCUUUUGAAAGUAAUAUCGGAACAUUAGAAAAAGAAAAAGAAAAUUAUUUAACUAUUUUGGCUAAGCUAGAAAAACAACAAAAUGAAAUUGAAAAUGAGAAGACAUGUUUGGAAAGAGAAAGAGAAAGAUUAAUCAUAGAAAGAAAUGAAGUACAAUCAAAGUUAGUAACACUAAAGAAGGAAUUUGGUGAUGUAGAAAGUGAAAUGAUUAAAUUGAAAGAAGAAAAAUUAGAAUUAUUACAUGUAAUUGAAAAAAAUAAGUCUGUAAUAUCUGAAAUGGAGAAGAAUAUUCAAAGUGGGUUAAAUGAUAAAGAAGAACUUUGUCAUGCAUUAACAGUUGAGAAAUCUAAACUCAGCACUGAAUGUACUUUAUUGCAAGAACAACAAGUGAAAGAUGCAGAAAAAAUAGAAAAACUAUCUAAAGAAUUAAAUGAAUAUCAAAAAGAGUUGAAUACAUACAGUAAUAAGAUCCAAUACUUAGAAAAGGCAAAAACCGAACAAGACAGUGUUAUUACAACUAUGGAACAACAAAAGCAUUGUCUUGAAAUUGAAAAAGAGCAUUUAAUGAAUGAGAAAAUAAAUUAUUUGAACGAAAUUACUAAACUGGAAGAAGAAAUGGAUGUGUUGAAAAAUACCGAAAUACCUAAGCUGAGAGAAGAGAACCUAUGUUUGAGUAACAUAAUUGAAGAAAAUAAAAUAGCUAUAGAUGUUCUAGAAAAGCGCUUAGAACACGAAUUGGGACAAAAUGAUAAACUGCGCCAAAAUUAUGAUUCCGAUAAAAUAAACGUUUUGAGUAAAUGCGAUUCUUUACAAAAAAAUAUUGAUAAAAUGGAACAGGAACUUAAAAAUCGAAAUAUCCAAUUGAAAGAGCUCAAAGGCGAAUUAGAAGUAUAUAUUUCUAAGGCUAAAACAUUCGAAGAAGAGCUGAAACGGAGCAAAAGGGAGUUUAUUAAGAUUAAUGAAGAAAGGGAUAUAAAGUUGCAAGAUUUAACAAAAGAUUUGGAAAGUGAAAGGACAAUAACAUUACAAUACAAGAAAGAAAUUGAAUCCAAAGACGAUAUUAUUUCUGAUUUGAAACAACAGUUGGUUGAAAUUGAGACAGCAAAGAAAGAAUUAGAAACUUUGAGAAUAGAAAAGGAAGAGUUUACUGAAACUUUAAGAAGAAAAGAGGAAGAAUGUACUUUAUUGCAAAGUGAAAAUGAUGAAUGGAAAAUCAAAAAAGAUAUGUUAGAAGUAGAAUUUAAAAGUGAAAAGAAUGCUCUAGAACAUGCACUUAAACUUCAAAUGGAAAAUAAUCAAAAACUAGAAAGUAAUUUACAGCUAAAAGAAGAAUAUUUAAAGGAAAUUGAAGAGAAAUUGAAACUCCAUGAUAUUACUAUAAAUGAAUUACAAAGUUGUAAUAGUGUUCAAGAUAAACUUGUUUUAGAUUUGGAGCAGGAAACGAUUAAAUUAAAGGACGAAAACGAGGCACUUGAAAGUGAAAAAUGUAUAUUGGUUCAAAAGAAAAAUGAAUACAUGACAAAAUUAAAUAAAUUGCAGACCGAGUUUGACAUACUCAAAAACGAAGAACUGACUAAAUUAAAGGAAGAAAACUUGCAAUUGACUAGUAUUGUAGAAAACAACAAUACUGUGAUAUCUACUUUGGAAAGGCUUAUAAAGAAGGAAUUAGAACAGAACGAAGUUUUACGUAAGGACUUUAGUUUGGAAAAGUUGGAACUUGUUCAAAAAUGUAAAUUUUUGCAAGAAGAUCAUACAAAAGUAGAACAAGAACUUGAAAAGAGAAAUACUGAAAUUAAUGCACUAAAAGAAGAAAUAAGAGUAGUGACAUUAGAAGCUAAGUGCCGUGAAGAAAAUUUAAGAUAUAAUAAUGAACAAUUGACAAAAAUAAUAGAAGAAAAAGAUGCAACUAUACUUCAAAUGAAUGAAGUAUUAUUAAAAGAAAAAAUAUUUAGAGAAGAAUAUCAAAAACAAAUAGAAUUAAAAGAAAACAACAUUUACGAAUUGCAACAGAAAUUGAAGGGACUUGAAGAUGAGGUGGAUGUUUUAAGAACUGAAAAUAAACAGUUGUUUAAACAUGUCAAACAAAUCGAAUCAAAUGCUGCUUCUAGCCAGGAAAAAUCUCAAAAUCAACAGUGUUGUAGCCAAGCCGAGAAAUAUCAAUGUGAUCUUCACUCUAAGGUAGAUACCACAUCUUCCACAAAUCACACACAUUCAUCCGUGGAGAGUAACAAAACCAUAUCGGAUUUAGAGAAAAUAUUGAAUGAUAAAAAUAGAACAAUAACUACUCUGCAAACUGAUAUUACGUUUUUGAAGUCAUUGUUGGCAGAAUCAGAAAAUAAAGUCUUAGAUGUGUCUAAAGAGUUGGAAAUAAGCAAAGAGAACUGUCAACAACUGUCAAAUCAACUCAAGAAAAUCGUCUAUCAAAAGAACGAAGAAAUAAGUGAACUCAAAAAGCAGGUAUCCAAAAUGAGCGCUACAGAAAAUCGCGCCAGCCAAAUAAUUAGAGUGUCUGCUAAGUAUCAGGAAAUAAUACUAAAGCGAAUCGCUGAAAUUAAAUGCAAUACUGUUUUAAAAGAGUUGACGAACUUCGGUAACACGGCUAACUGUGACAAUGAUUUGAAACGCAGUUUAAAUGCGGGUACUAUCACAAUGGAGGACUUGGAGAACUUCCUGGAGACAACCGAUAGGCAUUUAAGGCGAUGCUCGGAGAAGCGAAUCGCUUUGCAGAAGGAAAGGGACAGAUUGGUCGAGGUGAAUAGAAUAAACGAAUCAGAAAUAAUCAACAUAAAGAAGUUUUUAACUGAGUUAUCUGUCAGUGUAAAAACUUUCAACUCCGUUAAAGAUGUCUACACACAAAAGUUGAGCAGGGUCGUGUCCAUACAAAGGACUGUGAGGCGAGAGGUACUGAGCAUGGAGGGUCGUUUGACCGAUUCGGCAAUGUGUAAACUUGAGAGAGGUUAUGCGGCGGUCUUGCAGGAUCUUGUCGAAUGCACUAUGAAUCUUGAAAGGUGGGUGGAGAGGAGUAUAGGCAGAGCGAUAUCUGCCGAGAAAAUUAAACAAGCGUUCACGAGUGAAAAUGAGCGCGCUUCGCUCGCCCCCUCCACUUUCCAGAACGCGAGUCUGGAAGUACAAAUGGACGAGUUGGAAAAAUCCUUCCAUAAGCUUUUAGAAGAAGUUGCGCGCGCACAGAGAGGGGAUGGAGCUAAGGACACGCAAUCUCUGACCGUGCAGGAACUCCGCGCCGAAUACGAGGACAAACUCACCAGGAUGAAAGCUAAAAUGAAAGAGUUAUACUACGAGCAGAUAGAUAUUUUCAAAGCGAAACAGAGGGAGGAGAUAAUUAUGCUCGAACAGGAGUUGCAAAAGACUCGCGAUAAAUUAGAGGAGUCAAGUAAAGCUUAUGAGGAACAUAUCCGGUCAUUAUCGAUUGAGUUAUGGAAGUUAGGAGAGAAGUUUUUAAACAAGAAAGACGAAGCAGAAUGGCUGAGACGUAAGCAGCGCUCCGAGUCACUCAUGUCUCUACAGCAUGUGCACUCGACCGGUCUCGUUGCUCAGCCUGAAGUGUCGUCAAGGGCAUCCGAUACUCAUUCCUUGCGGUCUCUUCCAGUGAAUAUAAACAAAAAACGCGUGGGUUGUGGACUGCACAUGUCUGACGAAGAGGGUGAAGUGUUCGACAACCGUUGUCUGCGUGAGCUGGAAACUCCGCGACGUUCCUCGCCACAGCGGCUGUCGGAGCUGCGCUACAGGAACUCGCUGUGUCCGCCGCACCUCAAGAGUUCGUACCCCGCCGAAACACAGUUCGUGCCAGCACUCCACGAGGAAGACAUCAAGGCUGGUCCCACAAACUCCUCUGUAGGAGUACGCCAACAAAGGAAGGAGGUGGGAAUCACGGCGUAUAAGAAACCCGGCCCGCCCACGCCGAGCAAGCAAGCCGGGAGAUUAUCUGCAACGGAUUCGGAACUCCGGGAGUCAGUUCGUGUGGAGGCGGAUCCCCAUGCAUCGCGCAAGACCACGACUCCCUCACGGCUGCGUUCAUUUUUCGGUACUGCUAGGAACGACGCAGUUGAAGGAACACCACGCAGCAGAAGAUUGAGUAAUUUCUUCAGAAAAAAAUGA